AUGUUAUUUGCGCUCAUUUUAGGUGCUGAUGGCCCAGAUCAGUAUGCUUCUAAUGUUCAGCAUUACUUGAAUAAUCACAUAAGUUGGCUGAAACAAAUGAAUGAACAUCAUUCCAAAUUCAAGCAGUUUCGAGGUAUCAUUGUAACCGGUUGGCAAAGGUUCGAUCAUUUCGCCGUCAUAUGCGAAGUUAUACCUGUUGGUCUUCUUUCUGCUGCUGUAAACAUGGCUGUUUUGAAAAGUGGUCAAUAUGGUUCUGAGGUGAUGCGGUCAGUUUCACAAUUGUUGAAGUGCUCUUCGGUUUUAUAUUUCGACAAAAGUUCAUCUCCUUUCAUACCGCAGUGUAGUUUUCCUGGUGUUCACAUUUUCCAUGCAGUUCAGACAUUGCAUUCUACAAUCAAUUCAGUUGAAGAACAAGUUUUCAAUGAUUAUCAGGUUCGUGGAUGGAUAGCAAGAUUUAACGAAAAACACUUAUACACACAAGCUUGGUAUCUUGAUCAAGUACUGUACAAGGUGAAGUCGUUCCUUCGUGAAAUGGAGGUUUGCGAGCAGAAUAUCAGGGCUGAAAUGCAAACCGUUUUCUACAAUGAUACAGUAGCUGAAUUCGUCUACGUGUACGUAAAACCAACACUAAAACGACUAGAAGAAUUAUCACAGCGAAUAGAUAAGCUUUCGGAGCUGCGUGUUUUCCCGAGACGACCUUUCGCUGUGCAGGAAUUUUAA